AUGGCAACUUGUCUGCGUUACCCGGGCAAGGUGGUGAUUGUGACUGGUGGCACCAGCGGCAUCGGCCUGGCCACUGUGACAGAAUUUGUUCGCCAAGGUGCCAAUGUGGUCUUCUGUUCACGAGCCUGUGGAGCGGAAAGGGGACAAGAAAUUCAGAGGGAGCUGCAGGUUUCUGGGUGCCCAGGCGAGGCGUUCUACCAAGUCUGUGAUGUCCGCAAUGAGGCAGACAUUCAGAGGCUGAUUUUGGUAACUAUACAGCGUUAUGGAUGCCUGGACUGCCUGGUAAACAAUGUUGGAGAUGUUGAAAUUGGAACGAUAGAUGAUGUGACUGCUGAAGACUUCCGCAACAUGAUGGAAGUCAAUGUUGUGAGCUGUUUGUUAACAUCAAAGUACGCACUGCCCUACUUACGGGAAAGAAGAGGAAACAUCAUCAACAUUGCCAGUCUUAUCGGUGUUCUCGGAGCAAUGAAUCUUGUGUCAUAUUCAGCAAGCAAGGGUGCUGUGAUCGCAAUGACCAAAGCCCUGGCAAUAGACGAGAGCAAAUACGGAGUGCGAGUCAACUGCCUUUCACCAGGUAAUAUCUGUUCUCCUUUGUGGGAAAAGUAUGCAAGUCAGAACCCGGAUCCAGAGGAAACAAUUGAAAGAUCCAAAUAUCGUCAGCUUCUGGGACGUUUUGGGACCCCUGAAGAGGCAGCCUUGGGCGUCCUGUAUCUUGCUGCUGAUGGAACUUUCUGUACUGGUUUCAACCUUGUGAUCAGUGGUGGAGCGGAAGUUGGCUUUGGGACAAAGAAAGUGGUGGAUCCUCAGCCUAGCAAAAGUGUGCGGGGGAGCUCUUAG